UACACCGACUACAAGAACUGUGUCAUCCUCGACAUUCCUUACAAGGGAGGCCGGCACAACAGAGAGAAUAUAAGAGACGUUCAGUCGCACCUUACCUUCAGUAGGCCCCCCUUCGCCAAAAAGCAUGAAGUCCGUUUGCUUUCUGGCUGUCCUCAUCUUCACGUUGCAGCUGUCGCUCUGCCCAGGCAGGAGACGGACGAUGUUCCAGACAGCUUCAAGGUCUUUGAAAGCUUCCCAGACGCUGUCGCAGUCUCUGACCAGAACAACAUCGGCAUGUACGAAUGCCUGAGGGCGAGGAGACUGUUGAUAAGGUCAGAGAAAAAGGAGGCGCAAUACACUUGGCUUUUCGGAUGGAACGGUGGAACACCGAGACGAAGUGUUAGCUUCUACGUGUUCGAAGGAAGCAGCCCUGACACAUUCCUCUACACAUUGGACCCAGACGAGACACCCUCUGCCGAAGCGAAGGUUUACUACGCCGACUACGACAACUGCGCUGUCCUCGACAUUCCUUACAAUGGACGCCGAUGCAUCCUGUGGACGAGAGAAACAGCCAAAGAUGCGGUGCCCUCAGAAUGCGUGCAUGAGUUCAUGAAGUAUUGUGGCUCCGGUGCCCCACUUUACAAAGAUGACCUUUGCAGUGGUGAUAAAGAACCCGAAUGGUGAUGAAGAAGAAAACCCAGUUUAUUGCCACCACGCUGAGAAGCACCAAUUUUUUAUUUCACCUUGAACACCUUCAGCGCAGGUAUAAAUGCAAAUGUGUAAUAAACGUUGAAAAGCAC